AUGGCGGCACCCAAAUCCAAAGUCCACCCCCUCAAUGGGAUGCACACGGCCGGAAUCUUUGCCGAUCCCACCGUUGACGGUCCCUUGAUCGGAACCUUAGUCGCUAUUGUCGACCGCGCAAAGAACUUGCCCAACCGCAAGACCAUUGGAAAGCAAGAUCCCUACUGCGCCGCCCGCCUCGGCAAAGAAGCAAAGCGGACCACGACAGAUAUUCGAGGAGGCCAAACUCCCAGAUGGGACCAAGAGCUUCGCUUCGCCGUGCACGACUCACCAGAUUACUACCAGCUCAAGGUUUCCGUAUUUCACGACGACAAAAAGACGGAUCUCAUCGGAGAGACAUGGAUCGACCUCAGGGACAUCAUCGUACCCGGUGGAGGCCAGAACGACAUCUGGCGCAAUCUUGCGUUCAAGGGCAAGUACGCUGGCGAGGUGCGCAUGGAGAUCACAUACUAUGACCAGCGACCGAAACCCGAGAAGCCAGUUGCGAAGCCUAAGCCAGUCGAGGCAGAGCCGACCGAGAACUAUGGCGGUACCAUUCCCCGAAAGCAGAUCAAGCGACGACCGCUGCCAUCUGAUCCCUUCACGGGUGAAGCCCCCGCCGGUCCAGCCCCGGAUCUGGCGCCAACCCCGCCUCGAGCCGGAGGUCCCAGAGGGCCCAAAGAAAUGAACAUUCCUACGCCAACAGGCUCAGAGAUCAGUCUUUCGGGGUCCCGACCAAUGCCCAAGGGCCCCAAACAGCAACAGCCCGCUCAGAUACCUACGCAAUCGCCGUUGCAAGCUAUCGAGUACAACACCAGCCCCGCUCCAGAUGCUUGGUCUAGCCAACAAGACUUGCAUGCGCACUCGCCCCAAGCUGCCUUGCCACCUUUGGAAACUACACCACAGCACACGCCGAGACAUGACCGCUACGAUAGCCCCAGCUCCCACCACGACGAGAGGGACUACAGCCCGAGAUACUCAUCCCAGGAAAUUGUCAACCAAGCUCACUACCGUCAGGGCUCCGAGCCACCGCGUGAUAUGCUCUAUUUGGAAGACCAGCGUCAUGCUUCACCUGCCGAGGACGAUCGACCACCGCCUCCACCUGCUCACAGAAGCCGGCAUAACAGCGGGAACUCACAAGAUAUGGUCGUGAGGGGUGCCUAUGACACUCCUCCCAAACCAGCCAAUGCUAUGAGACAAGACGUCCUCAGAAACGAGGCUCAUCGUGCGUCCGUUUCUACGGCAGCCUACCCUGGACGCCCCACAUACCGUGGCUUCGAUUCAGCACCUGCGGUCACAAACGCGCUGCCAGCUCCUGAAGAGCAUCGUCAAGACUCAGCGCCGCCGAGACAUCACUCGUACGAUGCCCACGCAGAGUACAGGUCUAUGCAGCCGACAGUCGAAGACGUACCCGAAUCGCCCAACACAGCCGCGAGCAAUGCUCAGCGGAGGAUUUCUCGCGCACCCCAGUACGAUGAGGCAAGUUACCGCCAAGAGCAAAACCAGCCGCCACCGCAGCAGCAGCACCAUCAGUCGACCGAGAUGACACGGCGCCGAAACUCCCAUACACCGCAGUAUGACGAAAUGGGAUAUGACCAGGGAUACGAUCAGGUUCCCAGUCCGGCACCAUUGAACAUCAGCGGAAGGGGAAGUGCCAGCUCGACUCGUCAGCGUGGCCACUCGCCACAGCCUAGCUAUGGCCGAGGGGACGAGAUGGGCCAAGGCGGACGGUACAGCACCUCUCCACGACCUGAGUUCCAGCCGAGAGGUGACGAGCUGGUGUUCGCAGGAAGAGGCGCCGUUUCUCCUGGUCACUAUAGCACAUCGCCACAGCCAGACUACCAGCAAGAUUACCAGCCCAGAGGCGACGAGCUGGUCCUCGCUGGCAGGGGCAAUGUUUCUCCCGGCCACUACAGUACUUCACCGCAGCCGUACCGGGGCGAUGAGAUGGUUCGUCAUCAACAAGCCUCUCCUGUCGCCUCUCGUGACUUUGCCCCAAGUCCCAUGGACGGAUCAUCUUACCACUCGCAUUCAAGGAGCCAGAAUCAGUACACCUCGCAGAGGUCUGAACUGGGAGGAACGCAGAUCACGGCUCACGGCAUGCCCGCUGUGCCAGCUUCUUUGGUACCAGGUGUCGAUCACAGUGUCUCUCAGGAGAUUUCGGAACGCAUCUACGAGGAGAGACGUCAACAACGGCGCUAUACUGAUCAGAGCAUGACCACCCCGACCCGUGGAAGACAACACAGUGAGCCACUCGGUUACGACGGAAGCUACUCGAACCAGUCCUAUGUUCCACCAGGAUACAACCACCGCUCUUCUGUGGCGUACGGUGCUCCCCAGCCUGACAUGAACCGUGGACGGGGUGUUUCGCCCAAUCCGAUGAGAGGACGGGGUGCGUCUCCUAACCCGAUGAUGGCAAGAGGCGCAUCGCCAAAUCCGCACGGCACCAGGAGGGGCGUAUCGCCCAAUCCCAUGAAUAUGACAAUGGAUAGAAGAGGAGCCUCGCCUCAGCCGCCCCCACAGCACAUGAGGUCGCGGGGAGCCUCACCUAACCCGCAUCACACGAUUAAGCGGAAAUCUGUUAGCCCCGCGCCGCCUCCGUCUGACCAUCGGAGACUGUCCGGUAUUCCGUUCGGGCCAGAUUCGUACGAUGCUCUCAAUCCAUCGCUGUCAGCUACCAGUAGUAACGUCUCACGGCCGGAUCCCGAUGAGAAGAUCAUCACUCAUGACGGACGUGAGAUUGACCCUUCAGAUCACUUGCCUAUGGACACAUGGGCCCCGGAACCCGAGCCCAAGGGACCCAAAACCCCAGCUACGGCUUCUGUCCGCUCACGAGUGUCACCGGCUGCUACUCAGGCAAUGCCCCCGACUGGUCGUCGGCAACUGCGUAUUGCAGGUCGGCCUCAGUCUCAAGCAUCGCCGGUCACAUACGGUUCAGAUCCUUACCAUGUCCCGGGCACACCACCGAGCGGAGGUCGGAACCGCUUGCAGAAGAAGACGCAACGCAUGUCUGCUAUGCCUACGACAUCACCGGCGGGUUCUAGCCCUCUAGCCCCUAUCUCGUCGCACAACUAUCAAGAUCACGGCAGCGACUUUACACCACCGCGUCUCCCCAGGGCAAGCACAUGGGACUACCCCAGCGAGAACCAUGCACCGCAAUACGGUAGCUCUCCUGGAGGUGGAUAUGGCGGCGCGCCCCCAAUCCCGGCUAAAGUUCCCUUGCCUAUCAUGAGCGGCGCGAAUGGUGAUAACGAGUGGGCUUUGAUGCAGGAAAUGAGCCGCAUCGACAUAGGCGCCGGGCGCUCCAGGCGUCAUCGUCACUACUAG